UGAACUUCACAAAUGCCUCCUCUGCCAUGCCAAUGCCUUCAUGCAUGCUGUUUGGGUUUGACCAUGCUAUUCAUUAUCCAUUGCAUAAUCCUAAAUCCCAGGAGCCUGUUACGCUGGAUUUUCUAGACGCUGAACUGGAAAAUGAUAUUAAAGUUGAGAUUCGGAAAAAAAUGAUAGAUGGAGAAAGUGGAGAAAAAACAUUUGAAACACUGGUCAAGUCCCAAGAUGAGAGAUACAUUGAUAAAGGAAAUAGAACAUAUACAUGGACUGCUGUGAAUGGCACUGAUUACAGUUUGGCAUUGGUGUUACCGUCAUACAGCUUUUAUUAUAUUAAAGCCAAAAUAGAAGAACCAAUAACUCAAGCCAGAUAUUCAGAAACACUGAAGCUUGAUCAUUUUGAUGAAGCUGGCUAUACGUUUAUAGCACCAAGAGAAUAUUGUAGUGAUGUAAAAAAAUCAGAAAACAACACUGAAUUUCUAUUAAAUUUCAAUGAAUUUAUUGACAGAAAUACUCCAAGCAGUCCAUCAUGUAAUACUGAUAUGGUCAUUAGAGUUUUGCUGGAUGCAGGAUUUACAAAUGAACUUGCCCAAAAAUAUUGGAGUAAACUGUCUCUUGAUGGCGUUGUUGCACAAUUUGUUGUUACAGAUGGUGGAAUUACUAGAGUGUUCCCAAAAAGGGCAGGAGAAGAUUGGUUGGAAAAUGCUGAAACUUAUGAAGUCAGCUUCUAUAAACGGAGUUUAGAUAAUGACAACUAUAUUUUCACAGCUCCAUACUACAACAAAAGUGGUGCCAAUAGCUAUGAAACAGGUAUUAUGGUGAGCAAGGCUGUGGAAAUAACAAUUAAUGGGAAGCUUCUGAAACCAGCAGUUGUUGGAAUAAAAAUUGAUGCAACCAGCUGGAUGGAAAAUUUCACAAAAACCACAAUCAAGAGCCUGUGCAACAGUGAAAUCUGUGGCUGUGAGAGGAACAGUAUGCAUGUGGACUGUGUUAUCCUUGACGAUGGUGGAUUUCUUUUGAUGUCAAAUCGGGAUGAAUAUACACAACAGAUUGGAAGAUUCUUCGGUGAAAUUGAUCCUGGCCUGAUGCGAAACCUGAUUAACAUGUCCCUGUAUGCCUUUAACAAGUCGUAUGACUAUCAAUCAGUCUGUGAUCCCGAAGAAGAACCAAAGCAAGGAGCUGGACUUCGUUCUGCUUACGUGCCUACAAUAACAGAUAUUUUGCAUCUAGGAUGGUGGGCUUCAGCAGCUGCCUGGUCUAUCUUACAGCAGCUGUUUUUGAGCUUGACUUUUCCACGUUUCCUUGAAGCAGCUGAUAUGGAAGAUGAUGAUUUUGGUGCCGCCCUGCCUAAAACAAGCUGUAUCACUGAGCAAACUCAGUAUUUCUUUGAAAAUGAUGAUAAAUCCUUUGGUGGGAUUGUAGACUGUAUAAACUGCUCCAGACUUUAUCAUGCAGAGAAGAUUUCAAACACCAAUCUAGUAUUCAUUAUUAGUGACAGCCAACUGCUGUGCCGCUCCUGUGACCCAAAGCCACUGAUGCAAGCAGAGAAGCCGGAUGAAGGGCCAAAUCCUUGUGAAAUGGUCAAACAACCUAGAUACAGAAAAGGUCCUGAUGUCUGUUUCGAUGAAGCCAAACAGGAAGAUUCGGCCGACUGCGGUGGUGUCUCUGGUCUGAGUCCAUCACUGUGGUCUAUGGUAGGAAUUCAGUUGGUCCUGCUUUGGCUGUUAUCUGGCAGCAGACACUACCAGUUAUGACCUUGCUAAACCAAAACCUGCAUAACUUAAUCAAGACCCGGCCAAAACGAUAGCCUCAGUUUCAUUUUAAAAGGGUCAGCUAUUCAGGCAGCAGCAGAACAGCAGUGCUCGUGUCUGAUUAUCACUCGGUGCGAGACUCAUAAAGGCACCCACGGUGGCUGCAUGUUGGAGUGUCAGAUCCUUAAACGUGUGUGAAUGCUGCAUCAUCUAUACCAUCUAAACAGAAUUCUGUAUGUGCUCCAUUGGGGAAUCUAAGAUUAUUUUUUCCUUUUGUUUGUUUGUUGUUGUAAUCUUGAUGACUUCAUGUAAAAGGGCUCCCCUGACAAUAGCUUAUGUACAUGAUUUUUAUUUCUUUUAAGCUUUGGAUAUCUUGGAGAUUUAUAUUCUUUUACAUGAACAGUUAUUUAAAA